AGUCACUGAGUUGAGGGCCUCGACUCGGUGCAACGGGCCGCUCUCUUCCUCGUUGCCAUUUUCGCAGUGCGGUUCGCCUUGAAGCGAGACAAAGGUCCUCUCGGCCAAGAGUUGAUUUUCUUGUGUUUUAUGGGGCUCUCCUUUUUUCGCGAGCAAUGUCAAAGCCAAUGAUGAUGAUUAUGCUAUACAUGCACUCGUGCUUUGUGGUUCAAGGUGGCUAACCGAAACGAUUUCUCAUUCGUAUUUGCUCAUCGUUGGUAUAAAACGUUUCGUUCGAAACGAUGACUUGGAAAACGCGAGGAAUUUCUCUUUUCCGUCAAGGAAUCGGUGGACGGGUCUUAAAAAGUCUGAGUAUCCGGCAAAAGUGCGAAACUAAAGCACAGCAGGGCGUCACGGAUUGCUGCCCAGCAAAGAGCUUGAUGGACGAAACUACGCAUCCCGAAGGUUCUUGGUCCAAAAAUUACAACCGCUGGGAUGCCCAUAACAACCAAAUGCUGUUCAUAGGACUGACAACCUUUAUCGUUACAGCAAUUGUCCUCAAGAGAACCGAAGUCGCCAAGGGCUACCCCGACGUUACGCUAUUUUAAAAGCCAAAGGACAAGCGGAGCGUGUAUAUUAAUUAUUUAAACUUUUUAAUUAUAAAUCCUUAAUUGUACAAUCGUUACAUAUACAUUAUAUUAAAUCAGCCGGCUCAUA